AUGCUAAAAGACAGAUAUACCACCGCCGUGCAAAUUGGAAGAAUCUACGAACCUUCGAUAGAAGGACCCAUCUCAGACGCUGAGGAGACCUUUGCUGUCCAAACUCGGUCCAUGAGAGAGGCAGAUAAAGAAGCAAACGAAGAAAUGAAAGAAUCAGAUGACGAAGAUGAGGAGUCUGACAAGGACCAAUCCAUGUUUGACGGAGGCAACGAAGAUGAAGCAAAAGAUGAUUGGAGGAUUCCGAUCCACCAGUAUCUGGACAAAGGUACCUUACCAGCCGACGUUAAGGAAGAACGAGAGCUCGAAUCAAAAGCAGCAAUGUACAACCUUCGUGCUGGAAUACUGUAUAGGAGGUCGUUUCUCGUACCACUAAUGCGGUGCCUCUCACGAACCGAAGGGAGGAAAAUACUCCAAGAUAUCCACAGUGGAGAUGCAGGCAACCACAGCGGAAGAAGAUCCUUGGCGGUCAAAGCCAAAAUGCAAGGAUACUAUUGGUUAACCAUGGACGAAGAUUAA